UUCAAGAUGAGCGCCACAUUUGGCGGCGGCGGCGGCAUCGCCGGGUUCCAGUACAAACACCUGCAAGCGAACGAGAGCAUCCAAGCAUUCCUUCGCUCAUUCCUGCACGAGAAGCACCGGUGGAACGAACUCAUUGAAGCCAUGCUUCUCUAUGGCAUCCACUGCAUGGCGCAGAACUACUCGCUGCAGACGCUCAACGUCGACCAAGUCCAGCACAUCACUCGCACAUUGCUAAGGAAACCGCAUCAUUACUUUGUCCAUCAACAGAAAACGAAUGCAGCAACGACGUCGACGACGUCCGCGUUCAAGCCGCCGUCUGCGUGGCGAAACGGCACGUCGUCAGUCGACGACGGUGCUGUCCGUAGUGGCGGCAUCGACGACUCCAGCGAUCCACUACCUCCACCACCAGCGCCAUUCUCCCACGAAAAACAGAACCCCCCGAGUCCUGUGGUCCGCGAUGGUCGACGCGACAUGGACGAGUGGACACACGUGCUGGGCAAACCUUGGGUCGACGCUGCAUGGCGCGCGUAUGUCGCCGCCACCGGCUACCCCUGUCCUUCCAUCACCACUUCGUCCGACAGCAUCUUGCACUCGUACGCCGACUUGAUCGCUGCUACAUCGUCCAUUGUUGUCACGAAUAACCACAUCCACAUCCCAUCGAGUUCCCACCUCUCGUUCCUCGACUACCUUCGCGGGUUCGUCGUGCACUGCAUCAACUCCCCCGCUCGUCCGUCGCCAACACCUCCAUCCAUCGCCGCCGCGUCCAAACCUUCCCCUCAACCACGUCAUGCUCCUCCAUUGCUGUCCUCUUCUUCCAAAGCAGUUCCACCACAAAGCAAGGUCAAGCAUGAACUCGACCGACACAAGCAACAUGUGCUGCGCGUGCGGAAGACCAACACCCAGCGCAUGCAUGAAGCACUCGCCCGAUCCCGCAUCGCCGCCUAUGACCCCCCCGUCCGCCGUGCCGCGAUGCCGCCUGCUUCGACGCCGUCCUUGGCUGCCACUGGACCUGGCGCCAAAGCUUUGGAAAUCGCCCACGUGUUUGCCACGAGUCAGUUUAUGCACGACUUGCCGCCAUCGACAGAGAAUGAUGAUCCCACAAUCAAUGACACGCCUGCCCAACGCAUGCUUCGCACGGAAUUGUACGGUCACCACGACCUCAACCCGUCGACGCUCCAGGCCACAGGCUGCGUCGCUCCACCAGAUCGGCGGCAAUCCAAUAGACGCAACGUACAACCCAAUCGAAUCCACGAUUUCAAAGGGUGGUUGGGCGACUAUGGACCGGCGCACACUAAGACGGUGGCGCCACCAGACUGGACGGAUCUGGAGGACGAAGGCUCGGCGUGGCUGCAGGACGCGGCGAGGCGCCGCGGGUAUAGCUGGGACCUCGAGAGGUACUACUAGUAGUAGUACUAGUACGAGUAGUACUAGCAACGUUGUAUGCAGGAUUCAACUCGAGGGCCAGUCGAAAGAAGGCCGGCCGUUCGAUGAAGGUAGAAAUUUGGAUGGACAUGGCGAAGCCAGUGGAGGGGAAGCCGAAGAGGACGAUCCAGCGUUUGAAUGGCUGGUGCACGACAGCAGCAACGCCGACGGAAUAGCUUCGCAACACCUGCACGACGAGGGAUAAAUAUCAAAGGAAUAUAAAAUAUCAAAGGAA